UAGUCUGGAGCCCAGCAAAGACACCACCAGGGGCUGCCCUUGGGUUCUGGACAGGGAAGACAUAGCUCAGGAGAGGAAUGCAGAGAUUCCUGGCAAGGACAGAGGUGGUCACACACAGUGAGCAGCACAGACUCAUGAAGAUGCCCUCAGAAGCUCCUCACAGUGGUGGUAGCCCCUGGAAGGGGCUCCUGAUCACAGCUUCCAUCCUCAGCUGCUGGAUCCAGGUGACGUCUGCUCAAGGUGAUCCUGUCACUGUUGUGCCAAGUCCUUCCUAUGGCACAGUGGGCAGCAGUGUCACCUUGACCAUCCAGGGGCUCUCAGAGCAAGCUCUCAGCUAUUCUUGGUACAGAAAGUCAUUAAACUCUUCCAACCUCAUCGCUGCCUACAGUGUUUCUUCUGGAGUGCAGACACCAGCAGACAUCCGGGAGAAGGUGUUCUCCAAUGGCUCCCUGCUCAUCCCUGACCUCACCCUCGAUGACAAUGAUGUCUACAUUGUAGAAAUUGUUGAUCUUGGAGGCAAGAUAGCUGCAGUAGCACAAGGACAGUUAGCAGUGUAUGCAGAAACGCUUCAACAAAAAGGUAAAGACUACUUAUUCUACAGAAGCAUAAUUACCAUUGUGUCUGGAGCCAUAUCGGGAGUGAUUCUCUUGGUGGCCCUCAUCUAUUUCCUGUUCUUCAGAAAGAAUAGAAGGUUUAUGAGAAGAUGAUCUGGAACUCCCAUCUUUUUGAGGACUUGGCACAUUUUUGUGAUCCAUACUCAAAGGAUUUCUUGCAGUCAAUGAAGCAGAAGGAGAUGGCUAUCUGGAACUCUCUUGCUUUUUCAAUAAUGCAACAAAUGUGGUCAAUUUUGCAUCUAUUUCCUCUGUCUCUUUGAAAAACAGCCUGCUCUUCUGGUGAUUCUCAGUUCAUAUAUUGCUGAAGUUUAGCUUGCAGAAUCUUAAGCCUUACUUUCCUGGUGUGUGAAAUGAGCAUUGUUCUUUGGUAGCACUAUGCCUCUAAUUUGUUUCAUCCCCUUUUCCUGCACCCCAGCCUUGUAUGCCCCUUUCUGAAGCCAAAGUAAAAUGGCUUAAUGAAGCACUGACAUCCUAGCCUGGCUUGAUAAGGGAGGGAAGCUCAACAGUCUGUCUCAGCAAAAGCUCCAAUCAUGGAUCCAAGCAUGUUUCCUUCCCACCCACCCCAUCUUUGUCCUCAUUCUGAUUACAGAAUCUUCUUACUCCAGGAGGGGCAGUUAGGUAGCAUUACACAGGCCAGUGGCUAAUACUGAGUGACACCCCCUCCCCUUUCCCUUCAGGGACAAAAAAGUUCUCCAAGGACAGUGUGAGGAACCUGUGCAGCGGAGUGAAGAAAUAGGAGGGAAGAAAGUUUUCAUUUGUCCCUCAUUUAUGAAGAGUACCAAUGAAUUCAAAGGGCAAUAUCUUGACUUUUGUGUAAAUUGGAUUUAAGUGAGGCAGAGCUAUGCAAAGUCAUUGGCCUCACACUCUCUCUUUCCCAAUCAUCAUGAAAGUGGAAAUGCUAGAUGAUACAGUGCAUGACCUUAUUGUCUUCAAUGUGUGGUAAAAUAAUGGAAUUUGGCAGACGCCCAGGGGUCUCACCUGAAUGAUCUAGUAGUGUUUGGAAAACCAGCUAGGGAUGAUUGGAUAUGGGCCACACCUGGCCUGCCCUGAGUGACGGAUCUGCUGAUGUCAGUAGGGGAACCACAGUCUCCACAGGCAGUUUUGAAGGACCUCCCUUUUGGGGGAGGGAGAGUAAAUGCUUGCUGACGGGAGCUCAGUCCUUUUCUGGUGGGUGAGCUUCUGGGAGCUGGAGAGAGAGAGAGAGAUAGAGAGAGAGAGAGAGAGAGAGAGAGAGAGAGAGAGAGAGAGAGAGAGAGAGAGAGAAGACAGACACAGACAGACAGACAGACACAGACAGACAGACAGAGAGACAGACAGAGACAGACAGACAGAGACAGAGACAGACAGACAGACAGACAGACAGAGAGGUCCUGUGGGCCUUGCUGGUUGGCUCUCCUGUGGGCUUUGCCUGUUGCUGCUGGCUGUCCAGCUGUCUCCCAUUGAAACUAUAGACCCCAGGUGGUGAGUUAAUAAAAUGAGCCCAGCUCUUUGAAUUAGUUGAGCUGGAAGCAAGUUUGGGGAUUGUAUAGGAUUUUGUUAGAGUCAGGGGGAUUAUCCAUUUUUC